GCCUCCUGGGAACUGUCCCUCCCAGGCCACCAGGCCAGUCCGAGGUGCAGCGCCCAGGCCGCUCUGCAGCCGCGGCGGGAGGCCCAGCAGGACCCCGUCUCCAAGCCCCUGAACUUGGACACCGGCCCCGGCUGGUGGGGAGCAGGCCGCCACCAUGGCCGACGAGGAGAAGAAAGCCAAGAAGAAGAAGAAGAAGGGGCAGGAGCCGGAGAAGCCCAAACGGAGCCUGAAGGGGACCUCCCGGCUGUUCAUGGGCUUCCGUGACCGCACGCCCAAGAUCUCCAAGAAGGGCCAGUUCCGCAGCGCGUCCGCCUUCUUCUGGGGCCUGCACACCGGCCCGCAGAAGACCAAGCGCAAGAGGAAGGCGCGCACGGUGCUGCAGUCCACGUCCAAGCUCAUGACGCAGAUGCGCAUGGGCAAGAAGAAGCGCGCCAUGCGGGGCAAGAAGCCGUCCUUCAUGGUCAUCCGCUUCCCCGGCCGCCGGGGCUACGGUCGCCUCCGGCCCCGGGCGCAGUCGCUCAGCAAGGCCUCCACGGCCAUCAACUGGCUCACCAAGCGGUUCCUCAUCAAGAAGGCCGAGGAGUCGGGCAGCGAGCAGGCCGCGGUGGACGCCUGGCUGAGCCGCUCGGGCUCCCACGUGGGCUCCCGCAAGCUGCCCUUCCCCUCGGGCGCCGAGAUCCUGCGGCCGGGGGGCCGCCUGCGGAGGUUCCCGCGCAGCCGCAGCAUCUACGCGUCGGGGGACCCCGUGGGCUUCCUGCCCUUCGAGGACGAGGCCCCGUUCCGGCACGCGGGCUCCCGCAGGUCGCUGUACGGGCUGGAGGGCUUCCAGGACCUGGGCGAGUACUACGACUACCACCGCGAGGGCGACGCCUACUACGACCAGCGGUCGCUCUCCCAGUACGAGGAGCAGGACCCGGGCCUGGCCGCCUACGGUCCCUACAGCCCCGCCUGGCCGCCGUAUGGAGACCACGCGCCCGGGUACCCGCCCGAGGACCCCUACGACCACUACCCCCUGGACUACUACGGCGGCCCCUACUACCCCACGUCUGCCUACGGCUACAGUUACGGCUACGAGGAUCACGAGCCCCCCUACGCGCCCCCAGGGGGGUACGCGUCUCCCUACAGCUACUACGACAGCGAGCCGUACCCGCAGGGCUACUACCUGGACCCCUUUGCCCCUUUCGAUGCGCCAUACCUGCCCUAUGACCUCCCGUACGAUGUCCCCUCCUGGGAGCCCUACGGGGUGCCCUAUGAGGCCCCCUAUGGCCUCCCCUACGCCGAAGGCAUCUAUGGUGGCGGGGACCAGGCCAUAUACCCCCCCGAAGUGCCCUAUCUGUAUCCGGAGGAGCCGGCCUUUGCAUACCCGUGGGUGCCACCACCCAUCAUGUCACCCCACAACCCCUACGCCCACCCCAUGGAUGACAUCGCGGAGCUGGAGGAGCCGGAGGAGGCGGCCGGGGAGCGGCAGGGCACCUCCUUCCGCCUGCCCAGCUCCAGCUUCUUUGAACAGCAAGGCAUGGACAAGCCCGCCAGGUCCAAGCUCUCCCUCAUCCGCAGGUUCCGCCUCUUCCCGCGGCCCCAGGUGAAGCUGUUCGGGAAGGAGAAGCUGGAGGUGCCCCUGCCCCCCUCCUUGGACAUUCCCCUACCCUUGGGGGAGGAGGAGGAGGAGGACGAAGAAGAGGUGCCCCCGGUGCGCACCGGGCCCUACACCCACCCCUUCUGGGGCUUCCUCACGCCGCGCCAACGCAACCUGCAGCGGGCCCUGUCGGCCUUCGGCGCCCACCGUGCCCACCGCGGCCUGGGCUUCGGCCCCGAGCUCGGGCCCCCGCGCCCGGCCACCUCGCUGGCGCGCUUCCUCAAGAAGACGCUGUCGGAGAAGAAGCCGGUCCCGCGGCUCGGCGGCAGCCAGAAGGCCCGGCGCGGCGGCCCGGCCGUCCGGGAGGCGGCCUACAAGCGCUUCGGCUACAAGCUGGCGGGCAUGGACCCCGACCGGCCCAACACGCCCAUCAUGCUGCGCCGGACGCAGGCCCGCGCGCGCCCCCCCAGCGCCCCGCCCCGCGCCCCGCCCGCGCCCGCGCCCGCGCCCGCCCACUGGAGCGCGCUGCUCGCCCCGCCCGCGCCCCGCGCCCCCAGCCCCGCGCCCGCGCCGCCCGCGCCCUUGUCCCCCGCGCUCUCGGGCGGGCCCCGGCUCGCCUCGCCCUACGGCUCGCUCCGCCGCCACCCGCCGCCCUGGGCCGCGCCGGCGCACGUGCCGCUCCCCCCGCAGGCCGCCUGGUGGGCCUUCGCGGAGCCCCCUCCCGUGAGCCCCGAGGUGCCUCUCGACCUGCUGGCCUUCCCUGGACCCCGGCCCUCGUUCCGGGGCUCCCGCCGGCGAGGGGCCACCUUCAGCUUCCCCGGGACCUCUCCCCCGGCGUCUCGGAGGCAGGCCUGGCCCCCGCUGCCCUCUCCGCAGCCGUCGCUCCGGAGCCUGCCCGGCCUGGGCUACCGCUCCCCCUUGGGGCCUGCGUCCCCCCAGCCCUCCAUGCGGGCCGGCCCCUUCCAGCCCACCUUCUCGCCCCUGCCCCGCCGCCCCCGAUCGCUGCGGGAGCCCCUGUCCCCGCGCCGCGUCUCCCGGCGGCUGGGCCCCCCGCCGUCGCCCUUUCCCUCUCCUCUGCUGGGCCCCAGCCGGCGUGGCUCGCUCAACCUGCCUUCGCGCUUCCCGCACACGUGGCGCCGCCUCAGCGAGCCGCCCACCCGGGCCGUGAAGCCCAGGGUGCGCCCGCCCUUCCGGAGGUCCCUGGGCCCGCGCUCGUGGCCGGCGGCAGUGGCUGCGGCUGCGGCCGCCGCGGAGCUCCAGGAGAGCCGGCAGGAAUCCGAGGACUCAGAAGUCCCCUGGACAGUGCCCCCUCUGGUCCCCAGCUGGGACGUGGACAUGCCUCCGCCCCAGCGCCCAUCCUCGCCUUGGCCAGGACGGGCAGGCAGCCGCCGGGGCUUCUCCAGGCCACCGCCUAUACCCGAGAACCCCUUUCUCCAGCACCUGGGCCCCGGGCCAUCCCGGGACUCCCCGCUGGAGGACGCAGACCCUGCCGUGACUGGCGUCUUCCUGGGGAGACACCAUGACCCGGGGCCUGGAGAGCUCACCAAAUCGGCCAGCCCCAGCCCUGAGAAGCCCAAAGAAGAGGCCUCCCCGAGGAAUCCCCGGCCACUAGCAGAGCCUGAGCCCCCAAGCCCAGAGCCCCCCCAGAGCUCUCCCCCAGAGCAGAAGGUGCUAAGGCUCAGCCUCUCCCACCCUCUGGCCGCACGCGAUAGGAUGAGGGCCACCUGGCCACCAUGGCGCCGCUGGGGAACACUGCCCAGUGCCCCAGCCCCCUUGAAGCCCACUGGUGCCCCAGGGCCCCUGCCCAGGGCAGGUGAGCGGCACCAGGCAGGUCCUGGGCGUCUUGCUGUUGUCCUGCCUCGGGUACAAAAAUCAAGCUCUUCCCAGCACGCUGGUCCUGCCACCCUGCAGCCCCCCACCCAGCUGACCAAGGACCCAGAACCCAGCCUCAAGCCCAGAGCCUGGAGUCUGCUCUGGGCCUCUCUCUGGCUGCCAGCGGGGACCCACCGGCCCUGGCCACAAGCACCUGCCUGCCCGGCUUCCUGCUGCCUGGGCCCCGAAGCUGCCCUUCUGCCCCACGGGGGCCCCUGGGAAGAGGUUGGCCCCAAAAGCUGGUGGAACAAGAUGCACUCCAUCCGCAACCUGCCGUCCACGCGGUUCCUGGAGCAGCACCGGGAGGACGGUGUGGAGGACAUGACGCAGCUGGAAGACCUCCAGGAGACCACUGUGCUGUCCAACCUCAAGACCAGAUUUGAACGGAACCUCAUUUACACCUACAUCGGCAGCAUCCUGGUGUCGGUGAACCCUUACCGGAUGUUCGGAAUCUACGGGCUGGAGCAGGUGCACCAGUACAGUGGGCGGGCCCUGGGAGAGAACCCCCCGCAUCUCUUUGCAAUUGCAAAUCUCGCCUUCGCCAAAAUGCUCGAUGCCAAACAGAACCAGUGCAUAAUUAUCAGUGGCGAGAGCGGCUCUGGAAAAACUGAGGCCACAAAGCUGAUCCUACGCUACCUGGCCUCCAUAAACCAAAAACGGGGCAUCAUGCAGCAGAUAAAGAUCCUGGAGGCCACACCCCUCUUGGAGUCCUUCGGUAACGCCAAAACUGUGAGGAAUGACAAUUCCAGCCGCUUCGGGAAGUUUGUGGAGAUCUUUCUGGAAGGGGGCGUGAUCUCUGGUGCCAUAACCUCCCAGUACCUGCUCGAGAAGUCCAGGAUUGUGUUUCAGGCCAAAAACGAGAGGAACUACCACAUCUUCUACGAGCUGCUGGCUGGGCUGCCUGCCCAGCUCCGGCAGGCCUUCAGCCUGCAGGAGGCUGAGACCUACUACUACCUGAACCAGGGUGGGAACUGUGAGAUCUCGGGAAAGAGUGACGCAGAUGACUUCCGCCGGCUCCUCGCUGCCAUGGAGGUGCUGGGCUUCAGCGGGGAGGACCAGGACAGCAUCUUCCGCAUCCUGGCCUCCAUCCUGCACCUGGGCAACGUCUACUUUGAGAAGUAUGAGACAGAUGCACAGGAGGUGGCCUCGGUGGUGAGCGCCCGGGAGAUCCAGGCCGUGGCCGAGCUGCUGCAGAUCUCCCCUGAGGGGCUCCAGAAGGCCAUCACCUUCAAAGUGACCGAGACAAUUCGAGAGAAGAUCUUCACCCCCCUGACUGUGGAGAGUGCCGUGGAUGCCAGGGAUGCCAUCGCCAAGGUCUUGUAUGCGCUGCUGUUCGGGUGGCUCAUCACCAGGGUCAACGCGCUGGUAUCCCCCCAGCAGGACGCACUGUCCAUCGCCGUCUUGGACAUCUAUGGCUUCGAGGACCUGAGCUUCAACAGUUUUGAGCAGCUGUGCAUCAACUAUGCGAACGAGAACCUUCAGUACCUUUUCAACAAGAUCAUCUUCCAGGAGGAGCAGGAGGAGUACCUCCGCGAACAGAUCGACUGGCGGGAGGUGGCCUUCGCUGACAAUCAGCCCUGCAUCAACCUCAUCUCGCUGAAGCCCUACGGCAUCCUGCGCAUCCUGGAUGACCAGUGCUGCUUUCCCCAGGCCACAGACCACACAUUUCUGCAAAAGUGCCAUUACCACCAUGGCGCCAACCCGCUCUACUCCAAACCCAAGAUGCCAUUGCCCGAGUUCACCAUCAAGCACUACGCAGGCAAAGUCACCUACCAGGUGCACAAGUUCCUGGACAAGAACCAUGACCAGGUGCGUCAGGACGUGCUGGACCUAUUUGUUCGGAGCCGGACACGGGUGGUGGCCCGCCUCUUCUCCAGCCAUGCCCCCCAGGCUGCCCCUCAGCGCCUGGGCAAGAGCAGCUCCGUCACCCGCCUCCACAAGGCCCACACCGUGGCAGCCCAGUUCCAACAGUCGCUCCUGGAUCUGAUCGAAAAGAUGGAGAGGUGUAACCCCUUGUUCGUGCGCUGCCUGAAGCCCAAUCACAAGAAGGAGCCAGGCCUCUUUGAGGCAGAUGUGGUCAUGGCGCAGCUGCGCUACUCCGGGCUGCUGGAGACCGUGCGGAUCCGCAAGGAGGGCUUCCCGGUGCGGCUGCCUUUCCAGGCGUUCAUCGACAGGUACCGCUGUCUGGUGUCCCUUGAGCACAACCUGCCAGCCAGUGGGGACAUGUGUGUGUCCGUGCUGAGCCGCCUGUGCACAGUCCUGCCAAACAUGUACCGCGUUGGCGUCAGCAAGCUCUUCCUUAAGGAACACCUCCACCAGCUCCUGGAGAGCAUGCGGGAGCACGUCCGGAACCUGGCAGCCCUCACCCUGCAGCGCUGCCUCCGCGGCUUCUUCAUCCAGCGCCGUUUCCGCUCCUUACGCUGCAAGAUCAUUCUGCUGCAAAGCCGAGCCCGAGGCUACCUGGCCAGGCAACGGUAUCAGCAGAUGAGGAAGAGUCUGGUGAAGUUCCGGUCCUUAGUGAACACAUACGUGAGCCACCGGCGCCACCUCAAGCUGAGGGCAGAGCGGAGGCUCCGGGUGGAGGAGGUGCGGCUACGGGAGCAGGAGGAGCUGAGCAAGCGGGAGGUGGUAGCUGUGGGACACCUGGAGGUGCCAGCAGAGCUGGCUGGGCUCUUGCGAGCAGUGGCAGGCCUUAGGCCAGCCCAGAUGCCCCGGGUGGCCCCCGUCCGGACUCCCCGGCUCCAGGCUGAGCCCCGUGUCACACUGCCUCUGGACAUCAACAACUACCCCAUGGCCAAGUUUGUCCGGUGCCACUUCAAGGAGCCUGCCUUCGGGAUGCUGACGGUGCCCCUGAGGGUGCCCCUCACUGGGCUGCCAGUAGAGCACCACGCGGAAGCCGUGAGCAUCUUCAAGCUGGUCCUGCGUUUCAUGGGUGACCCCCACCUGCACGGUGCCCAGGAGCACGUCUUCGGGAACUACAUUGUGCAGAAAGGGCUGGCAGUGCCCGAACUCCGGGAUGAGAUCCUGGCACAACUGGCCAACCAGGUGUGGCGCAACUCCAGGACCCACAAUGCCGAGCGGGGCUGGCUCUUGCUGGCUGCCUGCCUCAGUGGCUUUGCACCUUCCUCGCGCCUCAACAAGUACCUGCUCAAGUUUGUGUCUGAUUACGGGCGGAAUGGCUUCCAGGCCGUGUGUCAGCAUCGCCUCAUGCAGGCCAUGGGCCGGGCCCAGCAGCAGGGCCCUGGGGCUGCCCGCACCUUCCCUCCCACCCAGCUCGAGUGGACAGCAGCACAGGAGAAGGCCAGCAUGGCUUUGGAUGUGGGCUGCUUCAAUGGCGACCAGUUCUCCUGCCCGGUACACUCCUGGAGCACGGGGGAGGAGCUGGCCGGAGACAUCCUGAGGCACAGGGGGCUCACAGACGGCUGGCGGGGCUGGACGGUGGCCAUGAAGCACGGGGCCCAGUGGGCGGAGCUGGCCGGCCACGACUACGUGCUGGACCUGGUGUCAGACCUGGAGCUGCUCAGGGACUUCCCACGGCAGAAGUCCUACUUCGUUGUGGGUGCAGAAGGGCCCGUGGCCGGCAGAGGAGGCCCGAGAGCGGUGUUUGGGAACAGCUGGGACUCAGAUGAGGACACGCCCACUAGGCCCCAACCACAGGGGCACAUGCCCAACGUGGCUGACGCCAAUGGGUACUGCAGCCACCAUGAGGACAGCACAGAUGGGGAGACUGAGGCCCAGAGAGGUACAACAACCCACCCAGGCCUGGACAGCCCUGGAGAGCCUGCUGUGUCCCACAAGGGCCUGGACUGCUACCUGGACAGCCUCUUCGACCCUGUGCUGUCCUGCGGGGAUGCGGACCUGGAGAAGCCGACAGCCAUUGCCUAUCGCAUGAAAGGGGGAGGCCAGCCUGGUGGCGGUGGCAGUAGCAGCACUGAAGACACUCCCAAGAGACCCCCAGAGCCAAAGCCAAUCCCAGGCCUGGACGCCUCCACAUUGGCUCUGCAGCAAGCUUUCAUCCACAAACAGGCCGUGCUGCUGGCCAGAGAGAUGACCCUGCAGGCCAUGGCCCUCCAGCAGCAGCCCCUGAGUCCUGCCCCAAGCCCAUUCCCCCCGGAGAAGCCCCAAGGCCCUGAGGCACGGCCAAAGCUCGCGGGCACUGGACCCCCGGCCAAGCCUGUGCUCCUGCGCUCCACUCCGAAGCCCCUGACCCCCGCCCCUCCAGCCAAGGCCCCCAGGCCCCCCACCAAGCCGGUGGCCGCCCCCAUUCUAGCUCAGGAUCGGUCUUCUCCAGAAACCACUUCGCCCUGCCCCGAGCUGGUCCGGUACUCCACACUCAACUCGGAGCACUUCCCGCAGCCCACGCAGCAGAUCAAGAACAUCGUCAGGCAGUACCAGCAGCCGCCCCAGGGGGGCCAGCCCAAGGCCCUCAGGAAGGACUGCGGGAGGGUGUUCGUGAAGCGGCCAGACCCCCACGAGGAGGCCCUGAUGAUCCUGAAGGGCCAGAUGAGCCACCUGGCGGCAGCACCUGGCACGCAGGUGCCCAGGGAGGCCGUGGCCCUGGUGAAGCCAGUGACCAGUGCUCCAAGGCCAUCCAUGCGACCCACACCAGCGCUGCCCUCGAGGUCCCUGGAGCCGGCCGAGGACACAGUGCAGACACAGCUGCACCGCCUCCCCAACCCCAGUUUCUAUGGCUACCAGGACACCCCCUGGCAGAUCUUCCUGCGCAAAGAGGUGUUUUACCCGAAGGACAGCUACAGCCACCCCGUGCAGCUAGACCUCCUGUUCCGGCAGAUCCUGCAUGACACACUCUCCGAGGCCUGCCUGCGCAUCUCUGAGGACGAGAGGCUCAAGAUGAAGGCUCUAUUUGCCCAGAGCCAGCUGGACACGCAGAGGCCGCUGGUGACGGAGAGCGUGAAGCGGGCCGUGGUCAACACCGCACGCGACAGCUGGGAGGUCUACUUCUCCCGCCUCUUCCCCGCCACGGGCAGCGUGGGCACGGGCGUGCAGAUCCUAGCUGUGUCCCACACAGGCAUCAAGCUCCUGCAGAUGGCCAGGGGCAGCCGGGAGGCCGGAGGGCAGCUGCGUGUCCUGCGCACGUACAGCUUUGCGGACAUCCUGUUUGUGACCAUCCCCUCCCGGAACAUGCUGGAGUUCAACCUGGCCAGCGAGAAGGUCAUCCUCUUCUCAGCCCGCGCCCAGCAGGUCAAGACCCUGGUGGACGACUUCAUCCUGGAGCUGAAGAAGGACUCGGACUACGUGGUUGCUGUGAGGAACUUCCUGCCUGAGGACCCGGCGCUGCUGGCCUUCCACAAGGGCGACAUCAUCCACCUGCAGCCCCCCGAGCCGCCCCGCCCGGGCUACAGUGCCGGCUGUGUCGUCCGCAAGAAGGUGGUGUAUCUGGAGGAGCUGCAGCGGAGAGGCCCUGACUUCGGCUGGCGGCUCGGGACCAUCCACGGGCGCGUGGGACGCUUCCCUUCCGAGCUGGUGCAGCCCGUGGCUGCCCCCGACUUCUUGCAGCUGCCCACGGAGCCCAGCCGGGGUCGUGCCGCCGCCGUGGCCGCCGCCGUGGCCUCCACGGCUGCUGCAUGGGAGGUGGGCCGCAGGAGAGAGGGUUCCCCCAUCAGGACUGUCUCAGCUGAUCGUGGGGAGGACGGGCUGGCUCCCCCACCACGCACGAUGCUGGCGUUUGCCCAGAAGUAUUUCCGAGACCCUCAGAGGAGACCCCAGGACGGCUUCAGGCUCAAAUCCAAGGAGGGCCGGGAGUCCAGAACCUUGGAGGACAUGCUUUGCUUCACCAAGAGCCCGCUCCAGGAAUCCCUCAUCGAGCUCAGCGACGCCAGCCUCAGCAAGAUGGCCACCGACAUGUUCCUAGCCGUGAUGCGGUUCAUGGGGGACGCCCCGCUGAAGGGCCAGCGAGAACGGGAUGUGCUCUGCACCCUCCUGAAGCUGUGCGCCGAGCAGGAGGCCCUGCGGGACGAGUGCUACUGCCAGGUGGUGAAGCAGCUCACAGACCGCGCCAGCAGCGACCAGGACAGCUGCCAGCGGGGCUGGAGGCUGCUGUACAUCCUGACCGCCUACCACAGCUGCUCAGAGGUCCUCCGGCCACCCCUCGUCCACUUCCUCCAGGACGUGAGCCAGAGCCCAGGCCUGCCCUUCCAGGGAAUCGCCAAGGCCUGUGAGCAAAACCUGCAGAAAACGCUGCGCUUCGGCGGCCGUCUGGAGCUGCCCAGCAGCAUGGAGCUCCGGGCCCUGUUGGCGGGUCGCAGUUCCAAGAGGCAACUCUUUUUCCUCCCUGGAGGCCUUGAACGCCAUCUCAAAAUCAAAACGUGCACCGUGGCCCUGGACGUGGUGAAGGAGAUCUGUGCUGAGAUGGCUUUGACACGCCCUGAGGCCUUCGAUGAGUACGUCAUCUUUCUUGUCACCAACCGAGGCCAGCACGUGUGCCCACUCAGCCGCUGCACCUACAUCCUGGACGUGGCCUCGGAGAUGGAGCAGGUGGAGAGCAGCUACAUGCUCUGGUUCCGGCGUGUUCUCUGGGACCAGCCACUUAAGUUUGAGAAUGAGCUGUAUGUGACCAUGCACUACAACCAGGUCCUGCCCGACUACCUGAAGGGCCUCUUCAGCAGCGUGCCGGCCGGCCAGCCCCGCGAGCAGCAGCUGCAGCAGGUGUCCAAGCUGGCUUCCCUGCAGCACCGGGCCAAGGACCUCUUCUGCCUGCCCAGCAUGCGGGAGGUCCAGCAGUACAUCCCGGCUCAGCUCUUCCACUCCACGGCCGGCGCCGCCUGGCUCAGCCUGGUCAGCCAGCACCGGCAGCAGACACAGGCGCUCAGCCCCCACCAGGCCCGUGCCCAGUUUCUGGGCCUCCUCAGCGCCUCCCCCAUGUUUGGCUCCUCCUUCUUCUUCAUCCAGAGCUGCAGCAACCUUGCUGUGCCGGCCCCCAGCAUCCUCGCCGUCAACCAGAAUGGCCUCAACUUCCUCAGCCCUGAGACCCACGAGCUGAUGGUGAAGUUCCCCCUGAAGGAGAUCCAGUCAACGUGGACCCAGCGGCCCACAGCCAGCUCCAGCUACCCCUACGUGGAGAUGGUGCUGGGGGACGUGGCCGCCCGGUGCACCAUGCAGCUGCAGCUGGAGCAGGGCCUGGAACUGUGCCGAGUGGUGGCUGUGCACGUGGAGAACCUGCUCAGUGCCCGGGAGAAGCAGCUCACGCUGCCCCCCAGCGAGAUCACGCUGCUCUGACCCCGAGGCAGCCCUGCAGCUGCACUGCCGCAGGCUCGCUCUGGCCCCGGGGCAGUUCCUGGGCCUCUCCGUGCCGCUGACCUCCACAAGGCCCAGAACUUAGGGGAGACCAAAACAUGGGAGGAGGAAUGACCCAAGUCCCCAGGAGCCCAAGACCUAGCCAGAGGUGGAAUGGAGUCGAGACAUGCAAUCUUGAGUCAGAAAGCAGGACUCCCCCCGAAGGCUGCCCGUGGGCCUCCUGCCAUGUACACGGUGGGCCCUGGCCCCGAUCCCACCUGUGGCCGGGAAGCCCCAAACCAGUGGCCUGGAUGAACUGGACUUUGCCUUUGGUUUGAUGGGUCUGAUGCUCAAACCCGCUCCACUUCUCAACCUCUCACAUGUCCUCCUUGGGUGCCCCCGUACCGCCGCUCAGCUUGGACUCAUGACCCUUGGUCAUUUCUGUACAAAUAAAAGGUGCACCUGGCAGCCAGUCCUCCAUGGUUGCUGAGUGGCUGGAAAACAAACCUGAGGGAGGAAGCAGGAGCUGGAGGCCUAGCUGUGCCCCUGACUGCCCAUGAACAGAACUUCCAGCAGACACAUCUUUACCUCUCCUUGAGACCGCUGUGCCCCCACUCCUUGGGUGACCCCAACCCCAGGCCCCCAUCACUGGUUGGGCCACAUAAGGUUCAAGAGUGGUAUAGUGGAGAAAGAAGCUCCAUGUUAGGGGCUGGGGAGGGAGAAGUCUGGGAGCUUCCCAAGGAAUAGGACUUUGUUAUUGGGUUUUGAAGGAUGAAUAGGAGUUUGCUAGGGUUAGAUGGAGCAGAGGGGAGUGAACAUUCCAGAGAAAAUGGUGUUUGUUCCCCACUAUAUCCCCAGAGCCUAGGUAGGACAAUGCCUAACACAAAUUGGGCACUUAAAAAAUACUGGUCACGUGAAUAAAAUAACAAAUGAAUAUUAAUGGAAAGUGCUGGUGCUUUGGGGAACCUGGGGGUGGGAGGGGAACAGCAGACUUGGGAGAGGAAGUCUGAAUAGGUAUGUGGGGGCAUAAUUGGCUAAAGCCACGGGGUCAGAGGAAAGAUUUAUUUACUUAUGCAUUACCUAUUAAGCACCUACUGUGUACUCUGCAAAUGCGAGGUACCGGAAGCUGCUCAUAGUUAAAGUAUAGAGCAAGACAAGACCGUAAAUGAGAAUUUGCUGGGUGACGAGGGGAGGAAACAGCAUGUGCAGAAACCCUGAAGUAGAGAUUCCUAGGGGGUGGACAUUGCUAGUGGCAGGACUUGAGACUGGAGGCUCACAGGGUGGUUUGGGUAAGGCUUUGCAGACUAUGUGGGAUUUUAUCCCAAAAGCCAUGAGGAGCCUUCAAAGUUUUUUCAAUGGAGGGGUGGCAAUCUGCUUAGACUGUAUUCUGAGAAGGUCAUUCUGAUCACAAAGCAGAGUGCAUGUAGGAGGCAGGGAGACCAGAGGGGAGGCUGCUGCAAUGUCAACUGGGAGACGCUGUGGUGUGGACAGUGGUGGUGGUGGUGGUGACAGGGCUAGGCAGAAGUUAAGUUGGGAGAGAUUUAGGUCCAAUGGGAAGGACUGAGGGAUCAAUCAGACCAUCCUGAGGCAGGGAUGUCCCACUUUCACCAACGCCUUAGGUUGGUUUCCUUCAGAAGCAGCCCCAAGAUAAAGAGCCCACAAAGAGCUACCUCUACACCAGCCGUGGGCAAACUACUGAUCCGGCCCGUUUGAAAUGAAUAAAACUAAAAAAAAAAAGACCGUACCCUUUUAUGUAAUGAUGUUUACUUUGAAUUUAUAUUAGUUCAC